CAAAAGAGAUUGAGUAACAAAGAUUAUGAUAAGCUCAAGAUAAGCUGGAUGGUAUAUAAGGGUCCGGCAAGUGAAAUAUUUACUUAGUACAGUAUCAACCAUGGCCCAUAUCCAGAACCUCCUAAUUUUUGUGGCUCUGUGCUACCUAGCCGUGUCCUUCACGGAAGCAGCCCAAGGAGGGCUACACUUACACAUUGGAGGAUCUAUGGAGAUGCCACGCCAAAAGCGUCAUAAUCAUAACCAUAAUCACAAGGACAAUGACGAUUCUGAUGUCGAAUGGAUCGCCUGUGACUACAGCUUACGACCAAGGAUGCGUUGUCACGACUGCCACACAAGACUGAUCUGCAAGAAGGUUGGAGGACUGCUCCUUCACUGCCCGGCUGUGGGAGCACCCUACUGCAACAACGGACUGUGUUCACCAGAACCUAGUACUGAAUGUGCCUAAGUUAUGGAUUCUACCAAAUACCGUUCAUGAUUUUGAUAUGAAUAAAUGACUGAUAUUUUGAUAUA